CGUGUCAGACCCCAGAAGUUGGCUUUAUGUCUGUGCGUUGUUUGCGUGCGCAGUUGGAGCUGUAAAAUUCAAGGCGAGGUCGCAUAUUUCUUCUGGUUUGUCAGCAUUUGUUCACCAUGGAAGAAAUAUCUCGCAGAGUUUCGUAUAUAUGGUCGGCGAGUCCUCGUUGCAACAAUGUCAACCACAAGGCUGGUUCGUCGCAUUGGCAGCCCUUCUCAACCCCCGACACCAGUACUAGUGAUUUCGAAAUUGGUAGUUUGUGUCAUUCCUAUUGCUCAGAUUGCAAUCGGUGCAAUACACCUGAACGACUGUCCGCGGAAGCACUUAAUCCCCAUCUAUCUGAUAGUGUCGGGAGUCUUUGGCCUGAUGCUGACACUGCUUUCCUGCUUGCCAUGCGCCCAGGAGCCCAGAGAUGCAAACCCCAACCCACUCAGUCGACUCUGCAUGACCUGGAACUCACUGAUAUCCUUAUUCCUCUUCUGCUGGUUUAUAGCUGGUAAUGUGUGGAUCUACUCUAUUUACCAGCCUAAUUACGACAAGAGCACAACAGAUGUGGAUCCCUAUUGUGACAAGACGCUGUACCUGUUUGCUUUCUGGAUCACCACCUUGGUCUACAUCCUCAUAGGUGUGUCCCUGAUAGGCGGUUGCUGCACCCUCGUAAUCGCCUACCUGUGUGGCCGAGCCGACCCCGACGACAAUGUCUAGAGAUGACCAAAACAAAUGAGGAGGCGGGAUGCAUCUGAUGGGGCUGCGCAUGAUGAGUUUACUGCUGAUGCUGUUUUUUUGUUUGUUUGUUUUUUAAUUUUGGUCCGAGAUUCAGGUUUCAAUUCCGCCUUUUAAUUGAUCUGAUAAAACAGCAGCAGAGUUCAAAAUGCAGCAGUGAAACAGUUUCACAUCUGGUUGAAGCACAUUUGAGCGAUUCAAUGAUUGUUUUAUAUUGUUGAGACUGUUUUCGAGUUAACGCGGCUAACCUGUCGCAGCCUUCGUUUGGGCAGCUCCAGCGGAUGCGUGCUGAGCUCCGAGAUGCUGUAGAUUUAAUCACUGGAUAAAAAUCAUGUCUGUAACUGAUUUCUCAAUGCUGAGCGCUCUCUACCUCUGCCGAAGCUGCACUUACUACUGGUUACCAAGAAUUUUUCUAGUAUGUUGAGCCAGGAAUUGGGCAUAAAGAUGUAAAGUAUAAAGUGACAAAAAUGUCUGUUCUGGGUGAAUUCAUUUUUGCCAAGUGGUUAACAUUUUUGUUUUCUUUGAUGCUCUUGUUUGUUGAUAAUUUGUGUAAGGAAGGUGCUUUGUAACACACAGUUACCCUGGACUCUAAUUCAACCAAUCUUACUCCACACGUUAACCAUCAUGCACUUUAUCUGACAAUGAUUUCUAAUGUCUUAAGCCUGUAUGAAACACUAUUUGAUACCUAAUUCAUUUUUUAGUGAUUCACUUUUUGCAACACUUAAUCACAACAUUGAACAGUAAAGUUUAGUGUUGUUUCGCUGCUUUAAUUUGAAUACUAAAUGACGGACAGCAUAUUAACCAUGACACACUAUACUUUGUCAUCUGAAUAAUUAAUUAAAGGAGAAAGAAAUGUGUGGAAAUACAUGAGGGAUCUCUGUAGAACAGGAACUGUAUUUGACUGUCAGACAGCACAUACACUCAGGUCACACAAAGAUUGAGAGAAACAUGCAGAAGUGGCUUCUUCAUGAGACUAAAAUAGCUACUUUAUUUGUCAUUCUAAGAAGAAGAAGAAGAAUCAGCUUUAUUGACAGUGUAUAUAUUUUUACAUACACACACUGAAUUUGGCAUUUUCUCAUUAAUCACUCAAAUUUUUACUGCCCAUUCGGUGAGGGAAUUGAACCGGCGACCCCCCGAUCACAAGAUACUUCUAUGCCACAGCUAUAUUUGCAGUACAUAGAGCAAUAAUGAAAAAUAAAAAAUGUGAAAUGAAUGAAACAUACAAAAAAAAAAAAUAUGUAUAUGUGCACGGAUAUUCACAG